CGUCAUCAUCACUCGCCGUGAGGCUGUGAUUUGUUGUUUUCCUGUCGUUGCUAAGGGCAGAGCUCGGAGGUUCACGUGCAUGAAACCAAGCAUAGACUGGCAGCUGUAAUCACACAGAAACCCUACGGAGACAGUGCAUCAGUGAAGAAUGGAAGCUGAGAAAAAACAUUGGGUUGAAGAUCUAUUUUCACCUCAUUUUAGUGCUGAGGAUUUUCUUUAUCAUUCAUUUGAACCAGAUCAAUUGGAAUCUGAAAAGUUGUCUGAAAAGAGAGCAAAGGCAGUAGAAACCAUAUACCAUACUGCACUGUAUAAUACCCAGCAAGCAGAAAAAGAGAAAAGAAAAGCAUUUUUGUCAAAAAUGAUAGUUCGGGAUUAUGAGUCACUUCCAGAGCAGAUUAAGACAAAACAGUCUAAAACAGACCAAUGUCAGACUUGUUGCUUAUGCGGGAAGGUAAACACUUCCAAUGCUGCUAAUAAUGAAAAUAAUUGUAUUUGGGAUGGAAAUGAGUUAAAUAUUUUACGAGAUGAGAUCAAGAAAACUCAGACUGAACAAGCAUACUUAAAGGUUCACCUUGACGCAUGUAAGCGAGAAACAUCAGAGCUGAAAUCCAGAAACUGUAAAACCGUACAGGAACUUGAGGACGCAAGAGCAUCCUUUUCAGCAUCACAAAGGAAGAAUGAAUGCAAAAAAGUCCUGAUCAAACAGAUGCAGAAAGACCUACUGAAAAAGGAUGCCAUGAUUCAGGCUUUGAGAAAAGAUCUGCAUGAAAAAUGCGUGGAGGUUAGCAGUCUUAAUAAACAUCUUGCUAAAGCUAAGCAAGAUAUUCAGGGGUUACAGCUGAAAAAUGAGGACAUUGAGAAAGAAUUAAAGACUUUAAAAAAACUGCAGGAAUUUAAAAGUGUAGCUUUGGUAGAUAAAUUAAAGUUGGAACAUAAUUUACAAUUGAAUAAAUUGCAUAGAGAAAUCAAGGCUGUUAAAGAAGAAAUGACAAGUGGAAAGCUCCUGCAUGACAGAGAUAUAGUUGCAUUAGAUUUAUUAAGGAAACACUUUUCUUCCUUAUCUGUAAACAGCAGUCCAAACUUUGCACAUUUGAAUGUGACACCACAUUAAAGAAAGAGAGA